AAAAUAUAUAUUGAAAUUUCAUAAAUUGUUUAACGAUCGAUUGGCAAAAACACCAAAUUGAAUGGCAGAUGUAGAAGAAGAGGAAGAGGAAGCAGUUGCCGUUGGCGACGCUGUCGAGGAAGAAGCAGAUGAAGUUCCUAAAGACGAAGAAGAAGAAGCAGCCCAGGAUCUAGAAGAGGCUGGCGAACAGGAUGCCUUAGACGAGACGGAAGAUGUUCCUUUCGAGCUGCUAGACGAUGAAAUGUCGGACAACGAAGAGGAGGAACUCAUGUAUCGAGAAUAUCUGGAUCUGAUCAAGCAGAUCGACUGCCAGAAUGCAGUUAUAAGCGAACUGAAGAAUCGAUCCCAUCAACUGAUGGAUCUGCCCUGUCAAACUCGCCAAGACAAAGCCGAAUAUAAACAGCUUCGCACUUGUCUCGAUCAGGAGAACAUCAAACUCAACCAGAUGAUGCAUCGAGCUGUUCAACUGCAAAACAAUGGCUCUAAAAGGCUAUAUGGUAAUGUGGAGCUGGCGACCACAGUCUUUGAGGAUACAUUGUUUUACAAUUCAUCAGCAAGCAGACCGGAAAAAGGAAAGUGUCCUGCCUCAACGAGGCGACCAAUGAGUGCGCAGGAAAUCUGCGAUGCUUUAGAUAAUUCGGAUACUGAUUCCGAUGAUGAAUGCUGCUUCUGAUCGAUGUGUUUUACUUUGAACACAUUGUAAAAUGUCGUUUGAAUUUUCGUAAUUUUGUAAAGGAAAUGCACAAGUUUUUCGCACAUUUCAA